CUCUCUUCAUGCAAAACAAAAACAUAUAACUAUGGAUUUCUUUUUAAAGAACUUAAAACAAUUAGCCAGUUUACACUGAAGUAAAAUGAGAGGAAAAUGUUCUAAAUCUGGCCAUUUUUACUGACCGUCAAAGUUUAACUUUCUUUAUAAUGAUAGGUGGCACAACAAAAAUGGAUGUUUUUCAGCUCUGAUCUCUCUGGUUUUUGAGUCAAAGUUAAUGUCCACCAGAUGGCAGUCUAGUACUUACUUGCUAGUAACAACUCACUGCAAUUGCUUUCAUCCAUGUGUGGGCAAUUUAUGUACCAUUCCCUUCCCAGUAGCAUUGAGGAAUUAUCUGUAUGUAUCUCCAGUACAUUGACAGACUAUUACAGAACCCAUAACAAUUAUCCCAAAUGGUACACCGAACAAUGUAUAGCUCAGGAUCUUUGGGCUAGCACACAGCUAUUUCUACAUUUAGGCAGCUGCAUUCAACAACGCCACCUGCAGAUGGAACCCAGAGCUGAACGUGAAAUGGGCAGGGUAGUCUCAAUGGAGUGCCAUCAGUUGUGGAAUUCGCAGACAUCAGGCUGAAGUUAAAUCUUGCAAACUUAGGAACUAAUGCAUGGUUGAACUCAUGUAGCAAAUAGCUCAGCUAUACAACGUCCCCAGCACUGUGCCCCUGGAAUAAAUAACCUAGAUUCCUCUUAUAAACAAACGGCUCAGUGUAUGAGGGAGGGGAGAAUGGCUUGCUAGCCUAGAAAUGUUGACAUAUUUAAAGAAUGUAAUGGUAGCUAGAAUGUAUGGUAAUGGAAUCUUGAAAAACACAAUCGGCUUUUGAUCAGAGAUUCAGGUGUCAAAGUCCUUUACAAAUAUUAACUAAUAACACCUUCAGGAGGUAGGGAAGUAAAUAUUACCAUCUCCAUUUUAUGAGAAGGGAAAUUGAGACCAGUUAUGUGACUUGUUCAAGGCCACAAAGAACCACCAGCCGAGGAGGAUGAGGAUUUGGGAGUUCCUGAUUCCCAGUCCUAUGUUCUGGCAUUAAGCCAUACUUCCCCCUAAUUUACUGCUUGUUAAUUUACCAGUCAAGAUAUGGGAAGAACUCUUCUCCUCUCGCAGAAUCAGUUGAAGCCUAAGCCCAUUGUGCACAUUCUUAAAUUUUAGGCCAGAGUAGUUUUGAAAUGUAGGUGAGCAAUGUUCUGUACCAACCAAGUGGUUUAUACUGUAGGGUUCUGACCUAUUGUGACAUGUAAACGUUCGAUUUUAGAAUGUAGAACUUGGAGCAAAUCACCUAUUCUGUUCUCGUUGACAACUAAUAUAGCUUAUAAUAGCAACAUUCAUGUUUGGAAUACCUUUUAGUGGGUUGUUGGUUUUAUUAAUCAAGAGUAGGCUGCAUUUAAAGCUGUGGGUUUGAUGCAUCUCAAAUGAUCGAGGGUCUCAACACUGCAAAUAUUUAUGAAUCAAGACUCACAUCACUGUUCUGAAGUAGCAGAGGGUUGCUGUCCCUACUUUACAGAUGAGCCUCCAGGACCCAUACAGUUCUCAGCAUCUCUGCUGGGUCUGCCAACAAGAGUACCUAACUUUGGGAACUGAUUCUCUGAGGUGCAUAUCUGUGCAACAGGAACUACAGCAGCCAACUUUCUUCCUAUACCACCAAAAAGCUGUCAGAAGAUCACAUCAAAUGAAAUACCCGCAAGGGAAAUAGCUACAUGGGUGAUAUGAGUGCCAAAAGAAGUGAUGCCAAGUUAUAUGAAAAGUUCAAAGUGAUAGCACCGGAAAUGCUGGCCCAAAUCAUCCAGGUGCUUGCAUUAUGCCAUAAACUGGACAUCCAUGUGCCACAAGGGGUCAAGAACCUCUUCGAGUUCACAUGGGAGGAGCUAACAAUAACGACAGAGAGGAAAGUCAUCAUUGGAGAGUACUGUCCUGUUGUCCAUUUAGUCCGCACCAUGGAAUCAUCUUUCUCUAGCACUCCCUGCAAGAGCCAUACAGGGAGGAAAUCUAUCCCCAAAAGCACAGUGUCAGAGCCCAGCUAUCUGUCUCCUUCAGCAGAAAAUCAGCAAAUACUCCUCAAGUUUCAGCGAAGGUCAGUCCACCUGCUGAGCGAACUCCUCAAGCUGAAGAUGAAGGUGAUGAUUGAUUCUGUCACUGGAUGUAGUUCCGAUGAGGUUGCCAGAAAGUUUUUGGAGGCAGGUCAGCUGCUAUGUCCCAAGAACCAGGAGGAGGCUGCUGAAUUAAUGGCACAAGCACCCAGAAAAAGAGUGUCACACGGCAGCUGCAAGCCCAUCCCUAUUUCCUCCACCAUCCAACUAAUACGCCAAGUCUCUGUGUCCUGCCUCACCUUCUCACUCGCAUCAAAGGAAAGCAAACUACCAAAGGCCCCAGGUUCCCCUAAAUUCAAACCGAUGCAGGAAGCGAUAAAUGUUGACCAUCAGCAUGACCCGUGCCCUGAAGCCAGGCAGAAGCUCAGAGAAAUGUGCCGACAUAUAGAGGAAGAGAAGGCUGCAAUGAAAGCAAAGGGCCAUACCAAGCCCCUAAUAGUGCGAAACUAUGCCACUGUGCUCGGGUCACCAUCCAUCUCCUCUAGGAAAGGUGGGCAGAUGGUCCCACUGCCAACAGAACGCAAGCCUAAACCACCAAAGCUCUAUUUUGCCUUUCCUGAUGGGACAGAAUUUAUUUUUUACCCAACAGGAAAUAUUGCUGCUUGCCAGUUCCCCAUGUGCUGUGUGGGAAAAACAAUCACCCUUCUGUUUAAUAAUGCUCCAAGUCUAGCUCUCCUGGCCUCUUUUAUAGCUGACUAUCAGGCAUGUGUGCGUUAUUCCUUCAAAGCCAGCUGUUCACUUGCACUGAUGAUGGAUCUUGAAGGAGGAGCAGUCAGGGACAGAGAUGGAUAUUUGACUCACAAGUGGAGUUGGGCUUCAAAGACCCAGACUCUACAUUCUUUAGAAUUUCAGAUAAAUGAACAGCUAAAACUGAAGGUACUUGGUCAAAAUUCCAUUACUCUUUCUUUUUCCUGUUUGAAUGAGACCGUCAAUAUGUCUUUGUCAAGAGCUCCAUGCGCACACCCCCCCAAAGCUAACAAACGGAUACUUGCAAAAGCAAGUGACAGUGAGAAGAAGGAGCAACAACUGGAGAGAGCCUUGGAAGAGAUUAAGAAGCGAUUUCAGAAGACAGUGAAACAAUUUAUAAAUGCCAUUUUGAUAGCUUCAGGUAUGAUUCCUAUAGAAUAUCCAAUCCUAGAAGGAGCAAAGUAUGUCAAAUUUAAAAGGAAGGAACCGUCAUCUCAGGCCUGGGCUAAAAGAGUGAAAGAAGAACGUGCUCCAAUAGCUUCAGAAACGAAAAGGCCUCAAAAACCUCCUAGCAGACCGAUUGACCGAAGGAUUCCUCCCAAGCCUUCUCGCAGACCCGUGGAUCAAAGGAAACCUUCCAGUCACUUGGAUACCAUGACCCAACCAAAGCCUGCACCAAGAGUUAAAACCGUUUCAGGUGCAGGUGCAUGCCCUGCCAGGACCUGGGCAUCGUCUAUUGCUGACUGCCCAGUUGUGCUCCGGAGGCUACUAUCAAAACAGGACGCUGCUCUGGGUUGCAAGUGUGUCGUGAAAAUUCCAUUUGUUACCGACUUGGAGUUUGACAAGUUUAUUUCAGCCCCCAGAAAGUCCGAUCAGGUCCUGGUGAUCUUUGUCCUGUCAUCCCAAAACCCUUCCUAUUCUCCCUUCUUGGAGUGGAUGUUACAAAGCCUGUACAUGGAAAAACAGCAUGGCCGCCCAUCUCCUUGUGUUCAGACUGGAUUAAUAAUAAAACCAAGCAAGUUUCACUCAACAGUGACAGUGAAAUGGUACAGCAGUGUCAGAGCUCAGAUCCAGCAUAUAUAUUGCAGGUGUGACCCUUACCGCUUGCUGAGGUAUGACAUGGACAGUGUCACAAGACGAAAGCCCCCCCUGCCACCUCUGCUUGUGCGGAAGCAUGCUGUCACUCCGGGAAUGGUGCUGAUGUACGCUGGAGGGAAGCUGCUCUUCGGGGGCUGUGUUUUCAACGGAUAUGGCUGCAGCAAGAAGGACCUGCUGAAGCAGAUCGGCCAAGCUCGCCUCGACUGCAAGAUGGGUCACUUCCUGCCAGAGAGUUUCAAAUUUAGUGCUAUCCCUGUGGAGGACCCUGACCAGGACAAAUUGAAGAGCCAACAAGAUUCAGCGGAGGCAACUAGUGAAGAGCCUUCCUUAGUGCCCGAGAGGGAAGACACUCCCCGCUCAAAGCUAAAGAUAUUAAAGACUUUGACAGCCAUGAAGUGCAUCUUUUCAAUGCAAGAGCAGCAGAAGAAAAACCAAAAACUUCAGAUAGCACAAGCAAAAGACAGCAGAAAAAAUAGUGACACUAAUAAAUAGACACCCCAGGCCUCUACUUCGUACAGAGAUAUAGACAUAGCUACAUCUUUCUAAACCUACUCUGCCAUUUUGUCCAAUCGGUUAUAUUUUGAUUGUUAGUAACAGGAAAUAUUUACUUUUCAAUUCUCAAUAUAAAAUUGCAGUCCGCAAAU